AUGACAUUGUUGAAGAGUGUGCUAUCUCCCAUGCCCAACCACGCAAUGCAAUGUUUCAAACUCCCAUUAUCUCUAUGCAAGAGGAUCCAAUCUGUGUUGACUCGCUUUUGGUGGGACUCUAAUACAGGAGAGAAGAAGAUGUCAUGGAUAGCCUCGACUACAAUGACCAAAUCAAAAAAGGAUGGAGGCAAAUAUUGCCAAGACCAAGAUUUCAUGCAAGUCUCAGCUCCUAGCUCCUGCUCUCAUGGAUGGAGAGGAAUACUUAUAGGAAGAGAUCUCCUAAAAGAACAACUAGGAUGGGCGAUUGGUAAUGGCGAAAAGGUAUUGGCUUGGGAUGAUGCUUGGCUCUCAUUACUAGCACUGGAGUGUCCCGUGGGACCAGUCCCUGAGGAUGAAAGAGCACUACCAGUUGGAGAUAGACUAGAAGCUAGACAAGCCCUAUCAGGUACCAAAUGUAUUCACUGUGAGGGUCACGAAACUAUCUCCCAUCUAUUUUUCCAAUGUCCCUACGCGCUAAAAGUAUGGGAAUUGGUACCUUUCUCUGGUGGGUUCAACCCAAUGCCUCUGAACACUUUCGAUCUGGAAUGGAAAAGGCUACUCCUUACAGUUGUUCUCCCUCCUGUGGGUCUUGGAAACGGGUCUCUAGCCCCCUGGAUCAUAUGGGCCAUAUGGACGACAAGAAAUCACAAACUGUUCCAAAACAGGAACUUUUCCGCUCCGGAAACUGUUACCAAAGCUAUUUGUGAUGCAAAGGAAUGGCUAGCAGCCCAAUUACCUGUGCAAGCUACUGAUCAUCAUUUAAAGCCCCAGCAGAACGUUUUGACGGCUGAGGUAAUCUGUAAAUCAGAUGCGGCGUGGAAGAAGGAACUACAGGCAGUGGGUCUUGCUUGGAGCUUCUACCGACCCCAAAAGGAGCGAAUUAGCUCCCAUAAUCAACCAGCAGCGUAUGUGACUUCGUCCCUCAUGGUAGAAGGUCUACCACUAUGUGCAGCGAUGGAACAAGCCAUUGCCCUACAGAUGAAACGUGUGGACUUUGAAUCGGACUCCCUGCAACUGGUGAUGGCAAUUGCUGAUGGAUCAAGCUUCUCAGAUCUCCAUGGCAUUCUCUCUGAUAUCUAUCUCUUGUCAAUUUCCUUUGAUUCUGUCUCUUUUAGAUUUUCUCGGCGAGAGUCCCUCUGUUUUGAGGACUCUGUUGCAAAGAAGACCCUCUUAGACUUUGCGUUGACCCAAACCAUUGAACCGGUUUUGGUCUAA